AUGCUAACUGUCUAUGUAACUGAUGCAGCGAAAGAAGCACUAGGGGAGUUGAGAAGCAGCAUCGAAAACGUGAAGAGCCUCAUUAGCAACACUUUGAAGCUUCCAUUCCUAUCUUCUUCUUCUUCUUCUCCGCUUCAAUCUCUUCAAAGAGGCAACUGGGUUAAGCUCAUUUGUGGUGCAAGCUUUGAGGAUGUUGUUGAUAUCAGAAAUCUCAGUCUGGUUUACACUCUUUCUGGAGUUGACUGCAUUGACUGUGCUGCUGAUGCAUCAGUGGUUAGCGCUGUGAACGAAGGAAUUUUAGCCGCAACAGAAAUUGUAGGUCUUCAGAAAAAGCCUUGGGUUAUGAUCAGUGUCAAUGAUGAAGAAGAGACUUCUUGCGUAAAUGGGUACAUCUCUAAUAUUAUCAUGCAUUCUUUUUGCAGGCAGAGUGCACAAUUCAAAGAGCUCUGGUGUGCUUUAGGGGAUUCAGUAGAAAACUUAAAGUUAAUAGUAGUUAGCUUACCUAAUGGUGGAGAUUCAACAAUAUCCUCUAUGAAUGAGAUGUUCUCCAUUAUGAAAUCAAAUCUUCAAUGCUUUAACUUAUGGCAGUUGGACGGCCGGCCGAUGAGUGGAGACAUCGGGAGAGGAGCAACCAAGGAAACAAUUGCCUUUGCUAUCGAAUUGGCAAAAGCGAAAAACCGACCUCCCGGUUUCCUUCAACUUGCUGGUGGCACUAAUGCUCACACAAUUGAUGGAUUGAGAAAAAAAGGACUAUUUCAAACAACAUCUAUUGCAGUCGAUUCGUCGAAUUUGCCAGACGCCUUAAUCGGCGGUAUAGCUUAUGGAGGCUAUGCACGGAAGAUUGUUGGUAGAGUAUUGAGAUCAAUGCAAUCUGAAUAUGGUGGAGCUGCUAGAAUAGAGGAUCAUCCUCAACAUCUUUUGAUGGCUCUUAAGGAAGCACUUGCUUUAGUUGGACCUGUUAAAUGUUUAUGA